AUGGUAUCGAUCAAGCUUCGUGGGGCUGAGAACUAUCUCUCAUGGAGCGCUCUCUUUGGUCCAAUUUUUAGGCGAUAUAAGCUCAUCGGUAUUAUCGAUUGUAGCGAACCUUGUCCAGCUCCGUUUCUCUGUGAUUCGAAUGGAAAUCGUACUUCAACUCCUAAUCCAGCCUACGAAUCUUGGUAUGAGAAGGACCAGAACAUUUUGAUAUGGCUGAAUUCUACGCUAUCCGAAGAUAUUUUGCCAUUUACAAAACUCAAGGAGCUUUCAACUGCUCUUGCUAAAGCCGGUGCUCCAGUCAGUGAUCGUGAUCUCAUCACUAUUAUUCUCAAUGGACUGCCUGAUGAUUUCGAAGCUUUUGUUGAUGCUGUCAAUCUUUGUGUCGACCAAACAAGUGUUGAUGAGUUACACGGACUUCUUCUCAGCAAAGAAAUAUCAAUUGCUCGGAAGAAGAAAGUCAUUGGUUCUCCUGCUGCUGAACCUUGGGAAUUUCAGGGUUCUCAUAAUUUUAAAGGCAAUUUUGGGAAUUUCAAUCGCAAUUUUGGAAGUUUUGGUCGGAAUAAUGGAAAUUUCAAUAGAUCCCUUAACAAUGGUGGGAAUCGAGGUAAUUCAGGCAACAAUCGCAAUCAAAACAAGUCUGGCUCUGGUGGUAAUCGAAAUAACUUCAAUCGGAAUUUUGGUACCUUUGAUCGUGGAAGUUCUUCUGGUGGUUAUCAUCCGUGUCAACUAUGUGGCUCCACUUCCCAUCAGGCUAUUGAUUGUUACGAUCGUUUGAAUCCUACUGUUCAGGGUAGAGUUCCUAUGGAUAAGCUUGCAGCUAGGUGUGCUCACAAAAUCAACAAGCCAUCUCCUUCACUCUGGCUUGCUGAUUCCUGA